CAGGUCUUUCAAUUGCAGAAAUGGCCUUCUUUUCAUUUAAAGCAGCACCUCUCAUGACAAUUGGAUUCUCAGUGUUAAUAGUAAUUUUCUUGUGGUGGGUACUAAAGAGAGGAAAGAAAAAUGCAAAGAGAUUGGCAUUACCACCUGGGCCAUUUGCAUGGCCUGCCAUAGGAAAUCUCCAUCAGCUGGGAGAUCUGCCCCACCGUUCUCUGGAAAAGCUCUCAAAAAAAUAUGGGGAGUUGAUGUUUAUGAGACUCGGCUCUGUUCCCACCCUCGUUGUUUCCUCUGCGCAAAUGGCAAAGGAUAUAUUGACAACACACGACUUGGUAUUCGGAAACAGGCCGGCGACGGCGGCUGCAAGAUAUGUAGCAUACGGAGAGAUUGAUCCAGGCUUGGCUCCGUAUGGACCGUACUGGCGGCACAUGCGCAAAAUCAGCGUCAUGCAAUUGUUGAGUGUCAAGAGAGUCGACUCAUUCGCCUGCCUGCGAGAGGAAGAGGCAGCUGUGGGCGUGCGUUCCAUUUGGGACAGGAGUCUGCAUGGCAAACUCCCUGUCAACGUCACAGCCGCCAUUUCCUCCAUCAUCUCCUCUAUCAUGUGGGGAACUCUGGCGGGCACCAACACCGGCAGCUAUUCUGAUUUACUUGGGAGCAGCGAUGAGCUUAGGAUGAUGAUCAACGAGGUCAUCAAUAUGGUCGGUGCUUUUAAUAUUGGCGACUUCUUUCCUUAUGGAGAGUGGCUUGACCAGCUGAGAGGCAUGAAGCGUCGAAUGACAAGGGCUCACGACUUCUUUGACCGAGUGGUGGGGAGGAUAAUAGACCAGCAUGUGGAGCGCAAUGCAAAGGUGGAUGCAGGGGAAAAUGAGCAUGUCAAGGACUUGGUUGACGUUCUCCUGGAUAUUGAAAAGGAAGAGCCCGAUGGUGAGAAUGGCAUUAAGGUCACCCGAGAGCACAUCAAGGCAAUUAUUUUUGACAUGUUCCUUGGCGGAACCGAGACAACGAUUGUUACAUUAGAAUGGGCAAUGAGUGAAAUGUUAAGAAAUCCUCGAAUGGCCAAGAAGUUGCAAGAAGAGAUUGAGUCCAUAGUAGGCAAGCAUCGCAUGGUAAAGGAGUGUGAUUUGGCAAAUAUGGAAUACCUACAAUGUGUUGUAAAGGAGACAUUUCGAUUGUAUCCAGCAGGACCUAUAAUGUUGCCCCAUGAAUCUACAAAAGCUUGCACUGUUGCUGGCUACCAUAUACCUAACAAAACAAGGCUUGUUGUCAAUGUAUGGGCAAUAGGAAGAGAUCCAAUGAUAUGGGAAGAUCCAUUGACAUUUAAUCCUGAAAGGUUUAUGAUUAAAAAUCAGAAUGAUACUGGUCGAGACUUCAACAUGCUACCAUUUGGUGCUGGAAGGAGAGGCUGUCCUGGGGCUUACCUUGCCACUCGGGACGUUGAGUUUGUUUUGGCUCAACUAAUGCACUGCUUUGACUGGAAACUUGAAGCCAAUAAAGAUCCAUCACAGUUGGAUAUGAGUGAAGCAUUUACAACAAGUAUCCCUCGAAAAGUGAAUCUUUUCGCCAUUCCCACCUUCAAAGUGGAUAUGGGGUUUUAGCCAUUUUAUCCUAAUGUCCUUAACUUAUCAUAUCUAUGUUGCUUAGCUAGUUUAAUCUUAUAUAAUGGCAUUCUUAGCUAAUAAAAAAUAUAUAAUUAGUCAACAGACUAGGAAAAGAAAGUUCAAUAAUUAAUUUGAAGGUAACUAGGUGAUUUACAUGUAUUGUGGACCCACAAAAAAAAUAAAGUAGUAUUUUAGUGUGUUUUUGUUUUUA